UUUCUUAUACACAGAUUACAACACAAACUGUACUUAAUCCAACCAUCACUGCACAGUUUAGUACAUAUAUACCUUAUACAAUGGAAACAUCAUCCACAAAAAUUCCUAUAGUUCUCUCAACAACUGCAAACAUUUUCUACACAACAGUUACAGAAAGAAUUCCUACUACACCCACAGAAAAUCUUCCAGAAACUUCUACAAUUUUCCCUGCUACUGUCAAAACCACAUUUGCUUCUAAUAUUCCUUUCAGUACUGAAACCCAUAGUACAACAGGUACUACACGUUUAUCCACCGCUGUCAAAACACAGACUCCAAUACUACCAACACUCAUUCCAACAGCAUCCACAACAUUGUUUGCUACAACAAAUUUUCUAUCUACACAAGAAACAAUAACUUCAAAAACGGCAACAAACAUACCUACUACAGCUGAAACACUGACUAGAAUAGUUAGUCCAAAUAUUACUCACACCAUUAAAACAGAAACUCCAGAAAUCACAACAGUAUUUUCUACUGCAACUGAUUCCCAGACUCCAGAUAGUUCAACUACUGCGGAAACACGGACUACAACAGUUACUACAAGUAGUCCUUCCACAAUUACAACACAAACUCCAGAAAUGACUGUUUUCCCCACUAUAGUGAAAACCCAGACUCCAGAGUUUUCAACAAUCAUCCCUACUACUUCUGAAACACUGACUACAGUUACUACAAAUAGUCCUUCUACAAUUAAAACAGAAACUCCAGAAAUCACUACCGUUUUUUCUACUACAACUGGGACCCAGACUCCAGAGUUUUCAACAAUCAUCUCUACUACUGCUGAAACGCUGACUACAGCAACUACAACAAAUAAUCCUUCUACAAUUAAAACAGAAACUCCAGAAAUCACUACCGUUUUUUCUACUACAACUGAGACCCAGACACCAGAGUUUUCAACAAUCAUCUCUACUACUGCUGAAACACUGACUACAGCAACUACAACAAAUAGUCCUUCUACAAUUAAAACACAAACUCCAGAAAUCACUACCGUUUUUUCUACUACAACUGAGACCCAGACUCCAGAGUUUUCAACAAUUAUCUCUACUACUGCUGAAACGCUGACUACAGCAACUACAACAAAUAGUCCUUCUACAAUUAAAACAGAAACUCCAGAAAUGACUAUCGUUUUUUCUACUACAACUGAGACCCAGACUCCAGAGUUUUCAACAAUCAUCUCUACUACUGCUGAUAUGCUGACUACAGCAACUACAACAAAUAAUCAUUCUACAAUUAAAACACAAACUCCAGAAAUCACUACAGUUUUUUCUACUACAACUGAGACCCAGACUCCAGAGUUUUCAACAAUCAUCUCUACUACUGCUGAAACGCUGACUACAGCAACUACAACAAAUAGUCCUUCUACAAUUAAAACAGAAACUCCAGAAAUCACUACAGUUUUUUCUACUACAACUGAGACCCAGACACCAGAGUUUUCAACAAUCAUCUCUACUACUUCUGAAACACUGACUACAGCAACUACAACAAAUAGUCCUUCUACAAUUAAAACAGAAACUCCAGAAAUCACUACAGUUUUUUCUACUACAACUGAGACCCAGACUCCAGAGUUUUCAACAAUCAUCUCUACUACUGCUGAAACGCUGACUACAGCAACUACAACAAAUAGUCCUUCAACCAUUAAAACAGAGACUCCAGAAAUCACUACAGUUUUUUCUACUACAACUGAGACCCAGACUCCAGAGUUUUCAACAAUCAUGUCUACUGCUGCUGAAACACCGACUACAGCAACUACAACACAUAGUCCUUCUACAAUUAAAACAGAAACUCCAGAAAUCACUACCGUUUUUUCUACUACAACUGAGACCCAGACUCCAGAGUUUUCAACAAUUAUCUCUACUACUGCUGAAACGCUGACUACAGCAACUACAACAAAUAGUCCUUCUACAAUUAAAACAGAAACUCCAGAAAUGACUAUCGUUUUUUCUACUACAACUGAGACCCAGACUCCAAAGUUUUCAACAAUCAUCUCUACUACUGCUGAUAUGCUGACUACAGCAACUACAACAAAUAAUCAUUCUACAAUUAAAACACAAACUCCAGAAAUCACUACCGUUUUUUCUACUACAACUGAGACCCAGACUCCAGAGUUUUCAACAAUCAUCUCUACUACUGCUGAAACGCUGACUACAGCAACUACAACAAAUAGUCCUUCUACAAUUAAAACAGAAACUCCAGAAAUCACUACAGUUUUUUCUACUACAACUGAGACCCAGACACCAGAGUUUUCAACAAUCAUCUCUACUACUUCUGAAACACUGACUACAGCAACUACAACAAAUAGUCCUUCUACAAUUAAAACAGAAACUCCAGAAAUCACUACCGUUUUUUCUACUACAACUGAGACCCAGACUCCAGAGUUUUCAACAAUCAUCUCUACUACUGCUGAAACGCUGACUACAGCAACUACAACAAAUAGUCCUUCAACCAUUAAAACAGAGACUCCAGAAAUCACUACAGUUUUUUCUACUACAACUGAGACCCAGACUCCAGAGUUUUCAACAAUCAUGUCUACUGCUGCUGAAACACCGACUACAGCAACUACAACACAUAGUCCUCCUACAAUUAAAACAGAAACUCCAGAAAUCACUACCGUUUUUUCUACUACAACUGAGACCCAGACUCCAGAGUUUUCAACAAUUAUCUCUACUACUGCUGAAACGCUGACUACAGCAACUACAACAAAUAGUCAUUCUACAAUUAAAACAGAAACUCCAGAAAUGACUAUCGUUUUUUCUUCUACAACUGAGACCCAGACUCCAAAGUUUUCAACAAUCAUCUCUACUACUGCUGAUAUGCUGACUACAGCAACUACAACAAAUAAUCAUUCUACAAUUAAAACACAAACUCCAGAAAUCACUACCGUUUUUUCUACUACAACUGAGACCCAGACACCAGAGUUUUCAACAAUUAUCUCUACUACUGCUGAAACACUGACUACAGCAACUACAACAAAUAUUCCUUCGACCAUUAAAACAGAAACUCCAGAAAUCACUACCGUUUUUUCUACAGUUUCAACUAUUUUUUCCUCUAUGGCCAUAACAAAUAUUCCAACAAUUUCUACAGUUGGCUUAUCUUCGGAUAAAACAUCAACCUUUGCAGUUACUUUAAAAACUUCUUCUACAAUCACAACACAGACUUCAGAAGUUGCUCAAACAAACACUACUUCUGUCAAAACAAAAGGAACACUUACUACCAUUAUUCCUUGUAUAACCAAAACAGAGACUUCAACAGUUGCCCCAGUUCUCCCUACCACUGCAAAAACACAGUCUACUACAGUUACUACCACAGCCAAAACACAGAGUUUUACAACUGACACAUUUAUUCCCACCACAAAUAAAACACAAAUUAGUAAAUAUGCUACAGUUAUCAGUACGACAGCUGAAACAACAACAAUUACAAAUUCCACAUUUCACCCAACUUCUAAAAUGACUGCAGCAGUUCAGUCUACUGCAGGCAAAACAGAGCCUGUUGCUACAACAUUUUCCACAACAAGCAAAAGCACAAAUACAACAGCAAGUCCAAAAGAGUUAACUCUCGCAUCUAUUAGUACUCCAACUACUAAGGCUAUUCUCAACACAACCCCAAGCACCAGCACUGUUACCUUUUUACCAACUAGUCCGGUUGGUACAGCUGCGUCCAUCAGCUCCACCAUCAAGUCUGAAGAUGGUAUGUUAUGUUAUCUAAUGUUUUUGUGUUAUAAUUCAGAGUAG